UACAAGCAACUGCCUGCACCAAGCCUUCCUUUCACAGGACUUGUGGCAUCGCUGCAGUGACCGCCUCUUGAAAGCUCCAGGAUGACAUCACAUCAAAGCCACGCCCCCACACAUCCAUGGCAACCAUGCAUACACACAGCUGGCAGCAUGAUCUGGGAGUGGGAGCUGACAGAUGUGCAGAAGCGGAACUCCUUUGGAUCAUGUCAGGACAGGAAUAUUUUCCCCCUUCACUAUGCUCGAGACAGGCUGGGGAACCAUCUGGUGCCCAUCAGAGGAGAGCCCUGGCGGGGGCCAGGCUGUUACAAAAGCGAUGAGAAAAAUACCAUGGUGUACUCCUUGACUCGUAAACCUGAGAGCAACAAGGGUUAUGUGAUAGGAGCAAGGACAUCCCUACGUUUCGCACCAGAUUCCAAGAGCAAGCAUCCCGACCCUGGAGCAUACCAGUCAUCGUGGAGCAAACCCCGAAAGUUUCAGCCUGCGUAUGCCCCCUUUUCUAUCAAGACACCACGAUUCCCAAAGAAGAUCCUGGAUAGAGAACUUUUCCCUGGACCAGGAACUUAUGAAGCAGACAAGCAGCCACACAAGAAAAUCACUUGGCCCAUGAAGUUUGGCUCCCCAGAUUGGUCGUUAGUACCAGUGCCAGAGCAGAGGACUUUGAGAACGGAGUUCAUUACAGAUAAAGAAUUCAGGAAACAUCGGAACCGACUGGCCUACCUGAGCUUAUACUACAGCUGAAUAGCUUCUUACUCCGAGCAUCUCCUCCUCACCCUUCCAGUUAAAUCUCUCAAGCCUGUUUUUAGCUCUUCUCCCAUGGAUUGUUUCCCUGAAUACAGCAUCAGACUUCUUCCUGAGACACUGGUCAACCUUUCCAUUUGUGCAUCUUCAGGGUUAUUCUGCUUUUUAAGAAUUGCUCAUUGUCAAGUUUAGACCAUUCUCCAACAUCUUUGUGUGCGUAGUGGGUGCGUGAGAUGGAGAUUGGUAGUGGAAAGAUCACUGACUCCACCUGCCAGCGGCAGAUGGUUCUGUUCACCUAUUAACUGUGAUGCUCCCGGUUAUGUCCCGCUGGACUCACUGUUCAGAGAGGCAUAAGCUUUCAUAGGCAAUGGCAUACUUCAGCUUCGGUUGAAGUCUCUGUGGUGCCACUCUGCCCUGCCUUCACACUAACACAGCGAGCUGUCUCUUUCCAUGCAAGGACAGAAACCAGUUUUACUUCAGAAUAGCUUUUCCUAAUUCAAAUCAGAUGCACAGAGGAGCUCCAUUCUCUUUGGCCCUGAGAGCUUGGUCCCCUAACCCCCGCUAGUCUGGGAAGCGAAACAAGGGAUUGCUGCACUUAAUCAGAACAGUAGCCUGUCCAACGACCUGUUCCCAGCAGUAACUUAGGCCAGUCACUUCAAAGAAUGCCUGUAGUAGGCUCUGAUGAAAUAACAAAAUGGCUUUCGUUUCUGGUGGAAAGAGAGCAGAAAGGAAUUCACCCUGUGCAGUCAUCGCAGGCUCUCAGGAGGGAUUCAGGAGCUGUCACCUUGCUGUAGGU